CUCCGACAGGGGCCGGCCCAAGCACCCUCCCCGCGGCGAGGCGAGGGGCUGCCGCGGUGCCGCAAGCACACAAAGCGGUGCGCCGGGACCCCGCUCCCGCCGCCGGUGAGGAGGCAGCCGUCCCUGUCUGCGCCCCGCGGCCGGGCUCGGCGCUGGCCCGGGCGGCUCGGGGCAGCCCCACGGCGCCGACGAUGGAGCCGCCGGUGCCGCCGCCUCAGGAGCAGCCGUCGCGCCCUCGCUCCCACACGGUCACCACCACCAGCAGCUCCUUCACCGCCAACCUGUCGGCCAGCUCCAGCACCCUCGCCUACGACAGGGAGUUCCUGCGGACUCUGCCCGGGCUCCUCAUGGUGACAGAGAUCGUGUUGGGGCUGCUGGUGUGGACCCUGAUUGCUGGGACAGAAUACUUUCUAUACCCAGCAUUUGGCUGGGUGAUGUUUGUAGCUGUGUUUUACUGGGUUCUUACCAUCUUCUUUCUGAUCAUCUAUAUGACUAUGACCUACACCAGGAUUCCCCAGGUGCCAUGGACCACAGUGGCAGAACAGAAAGGUCCUGAAAGAUUGAGGAGUACUACUGAAAGAAAUGGCACCUUCUUUAUCUUCUUCAGAAGCAAAGAAAACAAAGUUUUAGAAGCUUUGUGAAUAUUCAUCCUUGAUUCCUCCCGUGAAUCUUUAUGUAGAUUAGAAAUGUACUUUCAGCUUCGUGGUUCAAUGUAGUGUCGUAUUCCUACCGCCUAGCGCUUUGUGAUUGCCAAACAGUGUCCUUAGUUUCACUUUUGGGAAGUCACAGCACACCAGCUUUAGGGGUUUUUCUGCAUUCAGUGUGGUGAAGAGAGCAGUUUGCCCCAAAAAUUGAAGAUCUAUAAACAUUAGAACAAAAUAAGCAUUUCAAUUUAAUCUUACAGAGAGAAACUUGAAAGAAGGUAAAAACAGUUAGACUCACCUCUCUUGUGCAGAUUGAAUGUGUACCUUGGAUUGCAGAGGAGGGCUUUGUAGUGUUGCAACAGAAAACAGCAACAAAUGCAUUUACAU